AAUGACUAUUCAGAUGCAAUGAUUUCAGACACGAUUAAGUCAAGUUCUUUUUGGAUCCAUUUCCUCCUGUGCUAUUUUUUCGUUAAAGGACUAUCACCUGACUGUCAGGAAAUUGAAAAGCACUGUUCACAAUGCCUUCUAAAACUAAACGAUAGCUACAACAAGUUGGAGGUCGUUAACAAUGGAUGCAAGCAGAAGUUUCAAGACGUUUACAUUUGGGAGGAUCAGGAUCUCUGCGAUAUGCUGGUAAUCGCUUGUGAACUAAAUGGUAUUAGGAAAAAGGAUUGUUUGACAAUGGCCGAAUUUACCCAAAUGCGCAGAGCGAAGAGUGAACUAUAAUUAUCAAAAUAUUAUGAUAUUCUAAGAUGUAAAUGCUAAAUGCUUAAUCGCCAUAAGAGUUCUUUCUGCAACUAUUAAACUAAUAUUAGUGGAAAUAUUUGAAAAAGUUAAGCAAGCCCCAAAAAUAUAAUAAAUAAAUGACUUCAUUUUCUCUCAUUGAUUAA